AUGACCCGUAUAAACCACAAAGACGAUCUAGCAAAUGCCGCAACUCGGAAGCUCUUAUCAGACUGGGCGAAGAUGGUUGGAGAUGGAUGGGAGAGCAAAUCUAAUAGCUCACUUAGUGAAGUUGGCAAUUGGUGUUCGCUAGUGUUCCCCGAAACAAAGCCGGAGAGGAUAAGAACCUUGACUCAUCUCAUCGAUCUCGGUUUGAUACACGAUGGUAUUUCAUAUGUUCCUGCUAUUUGCCUUCAAUUGUCUGAUAUGGGAGAUAGACAAUACAGAAGCGAUGUCUUCUUCCUAUUGGGACGAUAUUUCCAGAUCAGGGACGACUAUAUGAACCUGGUAUCCAAAGAAUAUGCGGCGCAGAAGGGUACUUGUGAAGAUCUAGAAGAGGGCAAGCUUUCCUUACCAACUGUCGCCUGCAUACAGGAUUGCCCUGCGUCUAAGGGCAAGAUCCUUGGUUUAUUUCGCCAGCAUGCGGCUGGUCAGAGACAGCAGCCGAUCGGGAUGGGUGACGAGCGUAAGAGUCUUAUCUUGCAAAUCUUGAAUGAUUGA